ACUUACCCGCUACAUGCAGAUCUGACACAAACGGCAGAAGUUUCAGAUGCAUGUAUACAAACAAAGCAUGACUUGCAUUCUCCCACAGAAACGCCGCAUUCGAUUCCCCGUGUCUGACUCCCGCGGCUCUCGACUGCAACACACGGGUACCAGCUGGCAACGUACUAAGUUCACAGCGAACCAAACUCCCCGGAGAAACGUAACAAUCCGCCUCUCAUAUGACCAUUCGUGUAAUAUACCCACACAAUACCGCGUGACACAUCCACUUAGGCCAGAAAUCCUCUCCGCGAUCCAAUCAAAGCCGCACAAAAGCAAAAUUCACAACGAGCAACUUACGCCGGUGCUUGUAAUCAAUCUACACAAGCAAAGCCUAGAAGCCUACACAGCCAAACUCACUCCUCGCAACACACAAAGUAAAAACAAAAAAGAGCGACUACUUACCAUACUAGCCUGCAAUCUCCGCAAUCACACACUUUGCCUUCCACUCUCCCCUCCCCUCCUCCCCCACCCAAACCCACUUUCGUCAGACCACCCUCAGCUUCCUCAAAAAGCAAAUAAAAAGGCGGAUUAAGAAUUCCCACACCUACAAGUACUCCCAUCCAUCAUGCUCAAAUAAAUAAAUUUAAAAAAAACCCCCUCGUCAGAUCCCAAUCGAUCACUUCUCAUCCCUCCUCCUCCCCAGAAACCUGUUGAGCCAAAACCGCCCCACCCAGCCUAACCUCAAGUAGCGCUCAAGGAAAAAAAAACCCCCCCUCCAGUCGGAAAGCGGAAAGAAAACAGUCCCUUUAAGCGUUCACGCAAGAAGGAAGGGGCGGGGGCCCACCACAGGGCAGGUGAACGACGUUCGCUACAAUCUACGGCUUGGCUGUUUUUCUUGCCUUGGUGGGGUAGUGUGUGUGGGUGGGCGCAAAGGAAGGGAGGGGGGGAAGGGAGCUAAGGG